UAUAACAUCCGAAUGAGUGGAACACAAUAAUUACUGAUGAAUUCGCUAAUAAUGGUUUAAUAUAUAAAGGCCAAGCACACAAUAAGGAGUGUGUGCAGAAGCUCAAAUGUCUCAUUUCUUCAUAGUUUCUCUUGUUACUCUCUUUUUCUUAUGCUUUUUGGAGAAGAGAUUUGCCAAUGAAACAACAUGGGAGGAAAGAUACCAUCUUGUUAGCAUCAGUUCUCUCUUACCAUCAUCUUCUUGCAGCUUUACAAAAGGUCCAAAAAGAAAAGCAUCAUUAGAUGUGGUACCCAAGCAUGGGCCUUGUUCCCAACUGAAUAACAAUGGCAAAGCAAGUAUUCUUCCAACACACAGUGAUAUUCUAAGUCUUGAUAAAGAAAGGGUGAACUAUAUUCACUCCAAGCUAUCUUCAGAUAACCUACCUGCUAUUUAUGGUAACCUUAUUGGAACAGGGAACUAUUUUGUUGUUGUAGGGCUUGGUACUCCUAAAAGGAACUUGUCUCUUGUUUUUGAUACUGGUAGUGAUCUCACUUGGACUCAGUGUCAACCUUGUGCUCGUCCUUGUUACACACAGCAAGAUGAAAUUUUUGAUCCAUCAAAGUCUACUUCUUAUUGCAAUAUUUCAUGUACUUCUUCAGAUUGCACUCAACUCAUUUCAUCCACAGGAAUGGAUCCUCCAACAUGUUAUCCAUUAACAAAAGCAUGUAAAUAUGGUAUGGUUUAUGGUGACGGAUCCUUCUCCGAAGGAUACUUCAGCCGUGAACGACUAACAGUAACACCAACAGACGCAAUUGAUGGUUUCUUUCUCGGAUGUGGGGAAAACAACCAAGGUCUGUUCGGCAUGUCUGCCGGCAUAUUAGGCCUUGGUCGUCAUCCAAUCUCUUUUGUCCAACAAACCGCUAAAAAAUACAACAAAAUUUUCUCUUAUUGUCUUCCUUCUACUUCCAGCGUUGUUGGCCACCUCACAUUUGGAGCUACCGAUAAUUAUAAGGUGGCCAACAACACCGUUAAAUACACUCCCUUAUCCACAAUCUCACGUAGUAAUUCCUUCUACGGUCUUGACAUCGUUGGAAUCAGUAUUGCCAAAACCAAGCUUUCAAUAUCAUCCUCUAUUUUCUCCUCCGGUGGCGCCAUUAUUGACUCUGGUACCGUCAUUACACGGCUGCCACCAUCUACCUAUGCUAGCCUUCGUAAUGCUUUCCGGAAAGAAAUGGCGAAAUAUCCAGCUGCUUCGGGGUUUUCCAUUUUAGAUACAUGCUACGAUCUUAGAGGGAGGAAUAAUGUGGUUGUUCCGAAGAUUAGUUUUGUCUUUGGUGGUGGUGUCACCGUGGAGCUUGGUGCACACGGAGUACUUUUCACUGUGAGUUCGAGGCAAGUUUGUUUGGCAUUUGCAGCGAAUAGAGAUGAUAGUGAUAUUACUAUCUUUGGGAAUGUGCAACAAAGAACACUAGAAGUUGUUUAUGAUGUUGGUGGUGGUAAGAUUGGGUUUGGACCAAAUGGUUGCAAGUGAACAUAGUUUUGAAUAUUUUGAUCAACGAUUCAUUCUUAUUUGAACAAAUACAUAUAUCCAAUUGAUCAAUGAUUAGUUAAUUGAUCCAAAGGGCUGUGUCGUAAAAAAUAUGAUAUUGUGUAACGUGACAUACUCUAUUUAGGUGUCUUCCUUAUGGGUUUAAA